ACAUACGGUAGCCAAUCAAGAUGCUGAAUUGUAGCCAAUCAGCGGCGGCCUAACGGUGGGCGCGUGUCGUGUGAACGAUUUCAUACUGUAUAAAUACUGCGGAGGCACAAAAUCAAUUUAAAACGUCUAUUAUGGAUACUACAAAUACCGACACAAGAAAUAUGGUGAAUGAUAGCCAUAGUAAACUGCACAAAAACGAGGAGCGAUUUUCCCCAUUUCGACAAUGGAGACGUCCUGACCUACCAAGUCGUUGCACUUACCACGCAAGUUCAAAAAAAGUGGAAGAUUCACCACAUUUGCAUAAAUCUGUUAAACCCCGUCCCAAAAUUUUGGAUAAUAUUCUACAGAAUAUUGGUAACACGCCUUUGGUGAGAAUAAACAGAAUUACUCAGAAGGAAGGAGUGAAGUGUGAAGUCUUGGCCAAGUGUGAAUUCUUUAAUUCUGGUGGCAGUGUAAAAGAUAGGAUUGGCUUGUGCAUGGUAGAGGAAGCUGAAGAGAAAGGCUACUUGAAACCUGGAGAUGUUUUGAUUGAACCUACAUCAGGAAACACGGGAAUUGGUAUUGCCCUUUCUGCAGCAGUUAAAGGUUACCGAUGCAUCAUAGUGUUGCCAGAGAAAAUGAGUACAGAAAAAGUUGAUGUCCUCCGCGGUCUUGGUGCUGAAAUUGUGAGAACCCCUACCAGUGCAGCAUUUGAUUCACCAGAAUCUCACAUUGGUGUGGCUCGCCGUUUAAUGGAGGAAAUUCCAAAUGCACAUAUCCUUGAUCAGUAUCGUAAUCCCAUGAAUCCAGUUGCACAUUAUGAUGGCACUGCUGAAGAAAUUUUAAAAGAUACAGAUGGUAAAGUUGACAUGGUUGUUAUGGGAGCUGGAACUGGAGGUACAGUCACUGGUAUUGCCCGAAAGAUUAAGGAAAGAUGCCCAAACUGUAAAAUCAUUGGAGUCGAUCCAGAAGGUUCUAUUCUAGCUGAACCAGAAGAAAUAAACAAAACUGACACAACUUUUUAUGAAGUUGAAGGCAUUGGAUAUGACUUUGUUCCAACAGUCUGUGAUAGAUCAGUGGUUGACAAAUGGUAUAAAACCAAUGAUAGGGACUCUUUGAUAAUGUCUCGACGUUUGAUAAAAGAAGAAGGCCUUCUCUGUGGUGGUAGUUCAGGUACUGCUAUGUCUGCUGCAAUAAAGGCAGUGAAAGAAGCUGGACUGAAAGAAGGACAACGCUGUGUUGUAAUUUUACCAGAUUCUAUUCGAAAUUACAUGACCAAGUUUCUUAGUGAUAAUUGGAUGAGUCAACGAAAUUUCCUGAAAUUAGAUAAACCACAACUGAAUGAUGAAUGGUGGUCAAACUUGCCUGUUACUUCAUUAAAGCUAAAUACUCCAACAAUUAUAACUCCAAAUACAGGUAUACAACAUGCUCUUGAACUGCUAAACAAAAACAGCUUUGAUCAAGUACCAGUUGUUGAUGAGGAAGGAAAAAUACUUGGAAUGGUAACUGUUGGAAGUAUGAUGUCAAACAUCACACACAAAAAAGUGAAACUCUGUGACCCUGUUUCAAAAAUAUUGUAUAAUCAAUACAAGCAGAUGCCAACAAGUGCUACAGUUGGACAGUUAUCUCAUUUGCUUGACACAGACCAGUUUGUUCUCAUUCUACAUGAUCAGCCACAACGUGGUCAUCUUCAUGGUUCUGUCCAAACGAACAUCUUUGGAAUUGCUACUCGUCUGGACCUUCUUAAUUUCUUGUCAAAAAAAGACACCCAUGGAAUUAACAAUGGCACACACUAAUAAUCCUUCCAGCUUGUUACCAGUUUUUAUCACAUUAUAUUUCUAAUGGUACAUGGUGCUGAUCUUAUAUGUUGAAUAUUACAAAAUGUUUUUCUUUUAACUUAUUUUUUCAAUGGAAUAUGGUGCACAUAAUUUUUAAUAUUUUGAAUAUUUUAUAAUUCAUUGCCACUAAAAUUUAUAAUUACUUUAACAUAAAUUUUUAUUAGUUAUCCUGUACUGGUCAUAUAUAUAGGUUUCAUAUAAAGUUCUUUAUUCAUGCCUAAGAAGUAUAUAAUUGAUAAGCUAUGCUUUAAUAGGUGUAUAAGCUAACUUCUAAAAGAAGCCUCCAGUUCAAAUAA